CAACCAUCAUUCGCUUUCCUUCAUUAUUACCCUUCGUUCUACCGCGACUGCUUUCCUUCUCGCAUACUUUGUUGCCGUGCUGGUGUCCUCAGCUCCAUCUGCUCCUCAGUCUUUUUAACGUCCUUAGCUCGUCUGGCUUGUGACCAGCCUUGGUUUCAUCAGCACAACGUCAGACCGAGCGUUGGUAACCCGUUCGAUUAGUGGUAACUCGGUUGAACGAGAACAUCCAGUCCAAAAUGGCCGACGCGAUGCAGACGGACGGCGGAGAUGCGAAGCUGCCUGAGCUCAAACUCGACGCGCGGCAAGCCCAAGGGUUCCUCUCCUUCUUCCGCUCGCUCCCGCCGGCGCCUCAAACCAUCCGCUUCUUCGACCGCCGCGACUACUACACGGUGCACGGCCCCGCCGCACUCUUCGUCGCGCGCGUCUUCUACAAGACGCUCUCCGCCCUGCGCUACCUCUCCGCGGGCGGAGCCAGCGCGGGCUCUUCCGCCGCUUCCGCCAGCGAUGCCGCUGCGCUACCCAGCGUGAGCGUCAACCGCAGUAUGUUCGAGUCCAUCCUCCGCCACCUGCUCCUGGAGGAAGGGGGAGCCGGCGCAAUGGGCGCAACGGGCGGAAGCGGAGCGGGGGGCAAUGGCGGGGAGGGUGGCGGAGAUGGCGGCGGUUCCAGCACAGGUGGCGGCGGGGGUGGGUAUUCGACGGUGGAGCUUUACGAGGGCAGCGGCGCCAACUGGCGGCUCGCGCGGGCCGCCACGCCGGGGCGGCUGACUGCCUUCGAGGACGUGCUGUUCGCGACGCGGGACAUGGGCGACUCGCCGACGGUGUGCGCCGUGAUCGUCGCCGCGGCCGCGAAGGACGGCGAGCGGCGCGUGGGGCUGGCGUUUGUGGAUCUGACGAAGCGCGCCCUGGGAAUGACGGAUUUCCUGGACGACGAGCAGUACACGUGUCUGGAAUCGGCCCUCGUGGCGCUGAGCUGUCGCGAGUGCGUGGUCCCGCAGGAGGGGGGCGGCGGAAGCGGAGGGGGAGGGGGAGGGGGGGCGGAGAAGAAGGGGGGUAAGUCGCCCGAGGCGCGGAGAUUAAGAGACGUAAUGACGCGAUGCAACGUGCUGAUAGUCGAAAAGAAGCGGGCGGAGUUUAAACCGCGCGACAUAGAGCAGGACUUAGGCAGGCUCCUAAGAACGGCGGGUAAGGCGGGGGGGAGAUGCGCGGGCGCGACUGCAGGGGAGGCGGGUGGCGGGAGAAGGGGGAAUGGUGGCGGAUCGAUAGGGGGGGCAACAGCAAGAGGAGGCUUAGGGGGGGGAGGAAGCCAAAAGGUUUCUGUUGAGUCUGAGAUAGCCGGUGCGGCUAUGGCGGCUGUACUCGCUUACACUGACCUGUUAGCAGACGAUAGUAACUACGGCCGCUACACCCUCCUCCCCUACAGCCUCCACACGCACAUGCGCCUAGACGCCACCGCUCUCCGCGCGCUAAACGUGACCGAAUCCAAAACGGACGGAAAUAGAAACUUUUCGUUAAUGGGGCUUAUGAACCGGACGUGCACGGCAGGCAUGGGGAAGCGGCUGUUAAACCGGUGGUUGAAGCAGCCGCUGGUGGACGAAGAGGAGAUUAAGUUCAGGUUGGAUGUGGUGCAGGCGUUUGUGGAGAGUGCGGGUAUGAGGCAGGAGGUGCGGGGGCACCUGAGGCGCAUGCCGGACAUAGAGCGGCUCACGAGACGGCUGGAGAUGAGACGGGCUGGGCUGCAGGACGUGGUUAAGCUGUACCAGGCCAGCAUCCGCCUUCCUUUCAUCCGAGAGGUGCUUGAAACCCACGGAGGCUCGUUCCGCCCGAUGCUGCACGAGAGGUUCGGCGCGAGCCUGCUCGAUUGGUGCGGAUCGGAGCACUUAGCUAAGUACGAAGGUCUAGUGGAAGCAGCAGUAGAUUUGGAGGCCCUGCAAACGAACGGCGAGUACUUAAUAGCACCUGGUUACGAUCCGAGUCUCGGGGAGAUUAAAGAGGAGAGGGAGGUUGUAGAAGCCGAAGUGCAGAAAGCGUUACAGCAAGCAGCAAACGAUUUAGGCCUUAUAGUGGAUAAAACGAUUAAAUUAGAUAAGACGGCGCAGGCGGGGUACUGCUACAGGAUAACAAAGAAGGAGGAGACGAAUGUGAGAAAGAAGCUUAAUGCGUCGUAUGUGACUCUAGAGACGAGGAAGGACGGAGUUAAGUUCACUAAUGCGAAGCUGAGGAGGCUGAGCGAGCGCCACGUGGCACUCACCGAUUCGUACAUGGCAGCACAGAGGGAGCUGGUCAGCAAAGUGGUGGAAGUGGCUCAGACGUUCAUUGAGGUGUUUGAGGGCGUGGCAUCGCUGAUCGCAGAAAUGGAUGUGCUUCAGGGCUUUGCAGAGCUUGCAGCUUCGGCACCAACGCCCUACGUCCGACCCUCCAUCUCAGGCCCGGAUGAGGGCGACAUAGUGUUGGAGGACAGCCGCCACCCAUGUGUGGAGGUGCAGGAUGACGUCAGCUUCAUUCCCAAUCACUGCCGCCUGGAGAGGGAUCGCAGCUGGUUUCAGAUCAUCACGGGGCCCAACAUGGGUGGCAAGUCAACGUAUAUACGGCAGGUGGGCGUGGUCGUCUUGAUGGCGCAAGUGGGCUCCUUCGUCCCUUGCUCCCGUGCUCACGUCAGCAUCAGAGAUGCCAUUUUUGCCCGUGUGGGCGCUGGGGAUUGCCAGCUGAGGGGAGUGAGCACCUUUAUGGCUGAAAUGCUCGAAACCGCCGCCAUCCUCCAUGCCGCCACGCCGCAGUCGCUCGUUAUAAUCGACGAGCUGGGAAGGGGGACGUCAACUUACGACGGAUUCGGCCUCGCUUGGGCCAUCUGCGAGCAUCUAGUGGACGUCACUAGGGCGCCCACCCUCUUCGCCACGCACUUUCACGAGCUCACUGCCCUUGAGACCCGGGAUGCCUCCAGCGGUGUGGCCAACUUCCACGUCAGCGCACACAUCGACGAAGCUUCCAGGAAGCUGACCAUGCUGUACAAGGUGCAGCCCGGCCCUUGUGACCAGAGCUUUGGCAUUCAUGUAGCGGAGUUUGCUCACUUCCCCCCUGAGGUGGUGGCCAUGGCCCGGGCCAAGGCGCAGGAACUGGAAGACUUUGCUCCGCCUGCUGCUAAUGCUGGUGGUGCUGGUGGUGAUGGAGCGGGUGCUGCUGAUGCUGGUGAGGGUGCUGGUGGUGCAGCUGGUGGUGGUGGUGGUGGUGCUGCUGGUGGUGGUGGUGCUGCUGCAGGAGCGAAGCGUAAGCGGGACGGAGGGGAGGAGCAGAGGGAGGGGGUGGGGCGAGCACGGCAGUUUCUGCGGGAGUUUGCAUCGCUGCCUCUUGACACGAUGACAGCAGAAGACGCCCUGAGAGCUGUAGCAGCGCAGGUGAAGGCCCUGGAGGGAGAUGCGGAGGGGAACGAGUGGCUCAGAUCCCAUCUUCUGUCAUCUAAAGCUGCUUGAAGGUCAUCUGGGGGUUUGCGUCGCUGCCUCUCUGCACAAUGGCAGUAGAGGGCGCUCUGAUGGCUGUGCCAGCACAGGUGAUGGCCCCAGAGGGAGAUGCGUUGGGAAGCGAGAGGUGAUAUGCGGAGGGGAUGUUUUUUUUCCUCGCCAAGGUGGCAGCAGUGGCUUGGCAGCUGAAGGCUAUGGAGAGGAUGCUCAAUGAAAUGAGCGGGUUAGAGCACAACUGCUGUGUAGAAUUAGAGGUGGUUUUGUCUUAUGUCUUCUGUUGUUCUUUUAUUCAGUUUAAAUUUGUACGCUUUCAGUUUAAUCGUCAAAACAUAAGUUCAGCUUGCGACA